CACCGUGGGUUGCAGUAUAAAAAUGCCUGGCGGGUUUAAAGCAUGCCACCUACCUGCUGGUGCCCUGGUGCAUGGCGCACUGCGCGUUCGCGACUAAAAAGAGCAAAAAAAGGAAAAAAGCAAGCAGCCGUGAAUCCCCCCUCCGCGCCUCGGACCAUGCAUCUCGCGCAGGUUUUGAUCGCUCUCAGCUUCGUGCUCGCGCUCGGUCCAACGGUGGACAGUGAGCUCGCGGGAGCGCAGCCGCAGCCACAGCAGCAGCAGCCGCAGCAACAACAGCAGCAGCAGCAGCAGCAGCCGGCAGCCGCGCGCACCGAGGAGGAGAGCGAGGCGCACUGCUCCACGUGCGAGUUCAGGCAGCACAGCAAAAUGAUGCGCCUCCACGCCAUCAAGUCCCAGAUCCUGAGCAAGCUGCGCCUCAAACAGGCUCCCAACAUCAGCCGGGACGUGGUGAAGCAGCUGCUGCCCAAAGCGCCGCCGCUGCAGCAGCUGCUGGACCAGUACGACGUGCUGGGGGACGACUGCAAGGACGGGGUGAUCGAGGACGGGGACGACGACGACCACGCCACGACGGAGACUGUCAUGACCAUGGCUUCGGAGCCUGACCCCAUCGUCCAGGUAGAUCGCAAACCCAAAUGCUGCUUCUUCUCCUUUAGUCCAAAGAUCCAAACGAAUCGCAUCGUGAGGGCACAGCUGUGGGUGCAUCUGCGAGCCGUGGAGGAAGCUACCACCGUCUUCCUGCAGAUCUCCCGCCUGAUGCCCGUUACAGAUGGAAGGAGGCAAAUAAGAAUAAGGUCGCUGAAGAUCGAUGUGAAAGCCGGGGUCACGUCUUGGCAGAGCAUCGAUGUAAAGCAGGUGCUCACCGUGUGGCUGAGGCAGCCGGAGACAAACUGGGGGAUAGAGAUAAAUGCCUACGACGCUAAAGGAAACGACUUGGCUGUCACCUCGCCAGAUGUGGGCGACGAGGGACUGCUCCCCUUCAUGGAGGUGAAAAUCUCAGAGGGUCCCAAGCGCUCCAGGAGAGAUUCGGGACUGGACUGUGACGAGAACUCGUCCGAGUCGCGCUGUUGUCGGUACCCCCUCACGGUGGACUUUGAAGACUUUGGCUGGGACUGGAUUAUUGCCCCAAAACGCUACAAAGCCAAUUACUGCUCGGGGGAGUGUGAUUACAUGCACCUGCAGAAGUACCCACACACCCACCUGGUGAACAAGGCCAACCCCCGUGGCACAGCCGGCCCAUGCUGCACCCCCACCAAGAUGUCGCCCAUCAACAUGCUUUACUUCAACGGCAAAGAGCAGAUCAUCUACGGCAAGCUCCCCUCCAUGGUGGUGGACCGCUGCGGCUGCUCGUGAGGCCUUCCCCGAGGCAGGAGGACUCACUCGCUCCGUCUCAAAGCCCCCCUCUUCCCACCGGAUCUCCCACAACCACAACACCCGUUGACCAUUAUCAUCAGAGCUUUCUGCAGAAACAGAUAAACACUGUGCAAUAGAACCAGAAUAGCAGCAAGGAUGCUCAUCCGUUCACCGAGCACCGCUUCACUCUCACCUCUCUGACUCGUUUUUCUUCAUUAUCCUAAAUCUUUACGGCUCGGCCACAGCGGCCAGAGGUCACGUGGAUAUACACAAGGAGGAAUGUCAUGCUGGUUGGACUUGGGAAAGGACAUCAAGCUUAAAAAUUACAGCAUUCUCUCAUAACAUCUUGUUCAAUGUUAUGAUUUAAACUGUCUGUCUCUCUCUCUCUCUCUCUCUCUCUCUUUCUCUGUGUCUCUCUCUUUGUCAAAACAGUCAUCAACGCAUAUAUAGGACAAACUCACACCUGGCACAAACAUUGUAUUACAGUAACAUUUACAGUAACCUUCUCCACAACAUCCAUUAAUUUAGUUCUCUUCUUGCUGCAACAGCUGUGCAACAGUAUCAGUGAGCUUGUUUAAGUAAGGAAUCCAAGAGCAACAGAGAGGGACUCAAGGACACUUAAAACAAAAAAAAAUAAAAAAAGAAACAAAAGAAGAGGAAGCUUGAAAACCUGUCAGAAGAAACCAGUCUUUGUCUACAGUCAAAACCAGAACACACACACUGCACAAUCUGAUCUAAUCGUUUAAAUGUAGCUCUCUUUCCAUUACUCAACUGUUCGAACUGCCCUAUACACUUGAACUGUUAUGAAAAUCAGUAUUACUGGACAGGAGGACUUGAACCAGUGGCACUUUGAAUGCAGUCUAUACAUUGAAAUGUGUUAAAGACAGAGAACUAUUGAAAAUAAGUAUGAAUGUUAAUACCGCGUCACUUAACUCUGUCUUCAAACUACACAGUUUGCACUAUGGCAGACCAAUAGAAAGAAUUGGUUGCUAAAAAAAAUGUUGUAAAAACUGAUUUUGAUAUGUUUGCUAAUUGCAUUGUAUACUUGCCAUUGUUUCCAUUAACAGUUGCCUUUUUUAACCUCUGUUAGUUUGUGUAUAAGACAGCACAUUAGUGACAAAUGUACAAUAUCAAAUCUAUGUAUCUGUUAAAACAAAUAAAGGUGCUUGCUUUAUA